AUGGCGAUAAAUAGUGCGACAAAGGCGGGGUCAGCCUGCAGCCCAGCACCAGGGCUCGAUAUCUUCACAACCCCAGAGAAUACGAUAUUCUAUUCAGCGAGCCUGUAUCGGACUCUUGACAAAAGUAAGCAGGAGAUUCGACUUAUCGAACUUUCUACACAAACUGGCGGCGACAGUAUGAUUGAGUGCAAGCUACUGCCUGCGUCGUUGUUAACCGACGCUCGAAAACAGUAUCUUGCUUUAUCAUAUUGUGCAGGAGACCCGACAGACACGAAGGAAAUCUUGGUGAACGGAGUAACAUGCAACAUCUUUGCAAACUUACAUCAGGCUCUGGUGCUCGCUCGCCGAUAUUGGAUGAGAUCUUCUGAGCAAGGACCACUUCGGCUCUGGAUCGACCAGUUGUGCAUCAAUCAGCACGAUUUUAGAGAGAGGUCACACCAAGUCGGCUUCAUGAGGGACAUAUAUGAGGGCGCGGAACGAACCCUGGCUUGCUUAUCAACAACAGAGACUGAUGGGAGAGGACUUGAAUGGUUCAUCGACCUGUGCGAGGCAGUCCCUUCUAGAGAAGACGAUUUUCAAUUCCCAUACGAGUUAGAAGGAGAAUCAGACGCCGAAGACACUUCCAGGAGAAGUGAGAAAAUACGCAACACCUUCGCAUCCGAACCUUUUUGGAACAUAUCCGAUAGAUAUCGGUUGCCUCGCGUGCGCAACUAUCUCUGGAAGAACAUGCAUUGUGAGAAGUUUGUAAACGGGUGGAUUGAGUUCUACGAUGUUCUCAGCAGCCCUUGGUGGAGCCGAGCCUGGAUCUGCCAGGAAUUCCUAGUAUCUGAGCAGAUCAUCUUCAUGUAUGGACACCAUUUCGUCUCAUGGGGAGAGUACUGGAAGAUCAUGCACGGCUUCUGCGAAAUACACAUGUCGUCUUUGGCGAGCCGGAAUCCCUCCCUUGGUCUCAACGGCCUUCCGAAAGAUAGUCCCGAGGAUCGCCAACUUCGCCGCAUCCUCGACAUCGUUCAGGAGAGAGGCCUCAACCAUCAAGUUGAUCAUGUGCGGAACGCCUUGAGGAUGAAGAUCUGCUGGAGUGGCAGAAUGGACAUCAAGACUCUGUUAUCGCACUCUCGAUACUGCAAAUCUUCCGACGAUCGUGAUCGAGUAUAUGCUAUGCUCGGCUUAGCUUCGCCAGAAUACAACAUCUUUCCCGACUACUCAAAUGACACGAGUGCAAGCGAGGUCAUGAUAAGGACUACCAGAGCAAUAAUCGAGAAGGAAGGCAGUCUAGAUAUCCUAGUUCAAGCUACCAGAUUGGUUCGACGUAGGAACCUUGACGUGCCUUCAUGGGUGGCCGAUUGGAGCAGUACCGAAGCCUCAGAUAUUGAUUACGGGGAUAUGCAAGUUUACAGCCGGAGCAUCAUGCCACAAGAAUCUCCGCAAUAUGUCUUCGAAACCAUCACAAAUCCAAACGACCAGACGCGAGCGCACAUCCUCAGGGUUUAUGGAACUUUCAUCACAAAAAUACAGCGGGUUACAACAGCAUGGCCGAAGGCGGGAUUUACUAGCGCCCAAGGUUGGCACGGCUGGGCUCUUAUAUCUGUCACAGCUGGAGACCAAGUGUGGUUUCUGUACGGGUCAAGAGUUCUGAUGGUUCUGAGGCCAUUUCUUGAUGGGUACCAGGUCAUCAGCUCUGCCUAUCUGAUGGGGAGAUCGCCAAUGUCCAGUGAAGAGCGUAGGGCUAAAAGGAGCCGCAUAAUAUUAUACUAG